CAGGAGGCGUUUGUUUCCUACACUGAGAGAGCCCGCUGGUGCACCACGCGCAGCACAUCCCUCCCAAGCGUUGCGCUGGGAGACUCAAGCACUCGGCAAGAGAAACCGCGAGGAGGGCGAGAGAGGAGAGAGGAGGAAAAAAAAAAGGAGCGACGGAGACGGCGAGUCUAAACAUGGAGCCGACACCGCUGCUUCGGCUUAUGGGGCUGCUGUGGCUCCUUCUAGCCGACCAAACCACCGCGGUCCGGGGUCUGAACGGCGACGAAGACCAGAGCCAGGACACCGAGUGCAAGAUGAAGAGCGUCACCGUGUCAGCGCUGCCGUUUCUGAGGGAGAACGACCUGAGCAUCAUGCACAGCCCGUCGGCCUCUGAGCCCAAGCUGCUAUUCUCCGUGAGGAACGAUUUUCCAGGGGACGUGGUGGUGGUGGACGACCUGGAAAACACCGAGCUCCCUUUCUUCGUCCUAGAGAUUUCUGGGAACUCGGAGGACAUCCCUCUGGUGCGCUGGCGGCAGCAGUGGCUGGAGAAUGGCACACUUCUCUUCCACAUCCACCAUCAGGACGGCAGCGUCAACCUACCCGAACCAACCGAAGACCCGGCCAACGAUUCCACGAAGGAAGAGCUGCGCAUACUUCACAUAUCUGUGAUGACUGACUCCGUUACCUUCCACUUGUUUGCAGUCAAUGACAACACCAAGUUGGCCCUGAUGAACAAAUACAAGGACAACAUCAUUGCCACGAGUCCAUUGGACAGCAAUCACCAGCAAAACACCCUGCUACCRCACAACACAUCYACCAGCCAACGCAAACGUCUCUCCAGCAACACCAGAGCGGGUUCAACUUUCUUGAACCCAGACGGGGACUCUGGGACGGAGGCAGACAGCGAGCCUCAGCUGGCCUUUUACACUGACCCAAACCGCAGUCGGCGCCGGAGUCGAGCAGGUUCCCCGCGGAGUCCCAUCAAUAAGACCACCCUGACUCUGAUCAGUGUCAUCAGCUGCGUGAUCGGCCUGGUUUACUCCUCUCACCUCGCCUGCAGCCUCUCAGUCCGAGUAAUCUUACAUGUGCCGGAGCACCUCAUCGCUGACGGUUCGAGGUUCAUUCUGCUCCAGGGGAGCCAGUUGGAUGCUUCAGAUUGGCUGAACCCAGCCCAGAUCUUGUUGUACUACCAGCAGAAUGCCAGUGGACCUUGGGUCAACGAGCUGUGUGGUCGACGCCUGCUGGAUCCUUGUGAACACCAGUGUGACCCAGAGACAGGAGAAUGCCUCUGCCUCGACGGCUACAUGAAGGACCCGGUCCACAAACAUCUUUGCAUCCGCAGUGAGUGGGGGCCCAAUCAGGGUCCCUGGCCUUACACCAUCUUCCAGCGUGGUUUUGAUCUUGUGAUGGGAGAACAACCCUCUGAUCGCAUUUUCAGAUUUACAUACACCCUGGGAGAAGGAAUGUGGCUUCCUCUGAGCAAAAGCUUCGUCAUCCCUCCCGCUGAGCUCGCCAUCAACCCRUCAGCCAAAUGCAAGACAGACAUGACAGUAAUGGAGGAUGCGGUAGACGUAAGAGAGGAGCUGAUGAUCAGCUCGUCGUUCGACUCUUUGGAGGUCCUUCUGGACUCUUUCGGACCCGUCAGAGAUUGCUCGAAAGACAACGGCGGCUGCAGCCGCAACUUUCGCUGCAUAUCUGACCGAAAGCUCGAUUCCACCGGUUGUGUGUGCCCUCCAGGGCUUAGUCCAAUGAAAGAUGGGACCGGGUGCUACGACCACCAUAUUGGCAUCGACUGCUCCGACGGCUUCAACGGUGGAUGUGAGCAGCUGUGCCUCCAACAGCUGGCCCCUCUAGAGGAUGACCCAACCCUCUACAACAUCCAGAUGUUCUGUGGUUGCAUCGAGGACUACAAGCGCGGUCCUGAUGGGAGGUCAUGCCUGCCUCUGUCUGAAUCCUGCACUGAGGGUGUAGACUGCGGCGAAGCGACGGACAUCCCUGCCAACCAGACCGUCUUCGGAGACCUCUUCUACGGUUACAACAACCACACCCAGGAAAGCACCUCUGGUCAGAUACUGAAGGCCACAUUCAGGCAGAAGAACUUUGCCCGAGGCAUUGAGCAGCAGCUCCCAGAUGGCAUGGUGGUGGCAUCGGUGCCAACGGAGGUCCAGUGCCACGAGGAGCUGUCAGACCCUGUGCCUGACCCAGAAUACCUCACGGGUAUGGUGAACUACAGUGAGGUGUCUGGCUAUCCCCUUGUCCAGCAUUGGAGUCUGCGCUCUGUGUUGUACCAUGUCAAACUCAACCAGUGGGUCCUGUCUCAAGCUUUCAGCUCUGCCAUCCAUUCUCUAGACGGGGCGACGCAGCGGARCGACUUUGUCUCCAUCCUGAGGGAGUUUGGGAACCACUACGUGCAGGAGGCCGUUUAUGGCUUCCAGGAGUCCUGCACCAUCUGGUACCCCAACAAACAAGUCCAGAGACAGCUGUGGCUKGAGUACCAGGACAUCAGCAAAGGCAACUCCCCUUCAGAGGAGUCUGAGGAGCGGGACAAGGAGCCCAGGACGUUGACUUACCCGGCGUACAUCGCCAGCCUCCUGGACACGGGCGCCAAGCGCAUGGCGGCCGGUGUCCGGAUGGACUGCAACAGCCAGGGCCAAUGCCCGCGCUCCUGCCACCUCUGCCACAUGAGUCCCAGGGCGGCACAGGGGCGGCAGCAGUCUGAACCCGUCCUCCUGAAGAUCACCAAAGCUGCUCCCAUCUAUGAAUUAGUGUCCAACAACGAGACCUAUCAGGCUCUCCAGGACGCGAUGAUGAGCAUGCUGUGGUGCUCAGGCAAAGGCGACGUUAUUGAUGACUGGUGUCGAUGUGAUUCCAGCGCGUUUGGGACAGAUGGACUGCCCACCUGCGCCCCGCUUCCUCAACCAAUGCUGAAGUUGUCCUACACCUACGAGCCCAGCAGCUCAUUGGUCAUCAUGGAGUGGAACCACACGGAGCCACCAAUCGGCGUACGCAUCAUCGAUUACCUCAUCAGCCAGGAGAAGGUGACGGAGAGGACGGACCACUCUAAACUUGAGACAGAAACCCUCCUGAGCUUCGUGGAUGACAUCCUGUCUGGGGCCAGGUCUCCAUGUGUGAUGCUGGGGGACAUCCCAAACCUGCUGUCUUCCUCCAUCAGUCUGAUCAUUCGCUGCCUGGAACCUGACGCAACAUACAUGUUCCGUCUGUGGGCCGUAGACAACACAGGACGGCGGUCCAGUCCGAGUGAGGUCACCAUCAAGACUCCGUGUCCGACUGUAGAUGAUGUCAAAGCGCAGGAAAUUGCRGACAAGAUCUACAAUCUGUUCAAUGGCUACACAAGCGGGAAAGAGCAGCAGACCGCCUACAACACUCUCAUGGACCUGGGCGCUCCCACGCUGCACCGCGUGCUUUACCACUACAACCAGCGCUAUGAGAGCUUCGGAGAAUUCACCUGGAGGUGUGAGGAUGAGCUGGGACCGAGGAAGGCGGGCCUCAUCCUCUCCCAGCUGGACGAGCUCUCUCUGUGGUGUAAGGGCCUCUUGCAGGAGCCAAAGAUCGGCCUUCGCCGGAUGUCCCUCAAGUUCCUGUCCUGCCGCUACACCGACACCAAAGCCUUUGGGCUCAACUGGUCCGAGAUGGGCCAGGACGUACACAAAGCCUGUGACGAACAGACGCUCACCGUCAUGUACAACGACUACGGAGAGCCCAAGGAGCUCUAGAGGUUUGAGUUUCCCAAGGAUCAGCACAGUUUCCUCACAGUUUCCCAAGAAAACAAAACAGAUUUUACAGUCAGCUGGCAAGGCAGCUGAGAUU